AAAUUCCACUCCCGAGCUCGCUCCACCCUAUCCGCCUUUUCCCCAGCUCAGUGCUCUGCGGCUCAGCCAGCAUCCCGGCGGCCUUUGCGUGGACAAAAUGGCAGCCCCCAUGCCUCGGGGCUUGUCCUGCUUAUCCAGGGCUUUGGGAUGGUGGUCUCGGCAGCCCAUUCUGGUGACUCGGUCCCCAGCUGUAGUUCCAGUAAAAACCAAAAGCCGGUUCAGACCCACUCUGCGUGAACCCAAGUACAAAUCAGAGAAGGAGCUUUUGGAACAUGCCAGGAAAGCAGGAUUGGUUAUUCCUCCAGAAAAGUUGGACCGUCCCAUACAUCUAGCCUGUACAGCUGGUAUAUUUGAUCCCUAUGUCCCACCUGAAGGUGAUGGUCGAAUGUCAUCCCUUUCAAAGGAAGGACUGGUACAGAGAACAAAUCGAUUAAAAAAGAAUGCGACAUCACUGUUGGCAGUUCGAAGGAUAAGAGAAUUUGAUGCUAAUUUUAAAAUGAAAGUCUUCCCUGAAAAAGCUAAGGAUAUUUUCAUUGAAGCUCAUCUUUGUCUGAACAACUCAGACCAUGAGCGGCUUCAUACCUUGGUCACUGAACACUGUUUUCCGGACAUGGUUUGGGACCUCAAGUACAAGACUGUCCGCUGGAGCUUCGUGGAGUCUUUAGAGCCAGCCCAAGUGGUUCAUGUUCGCGCUGCAGGCCUGAUGAAGCAGAGCGACUUGUACGCCCAGGUCACCGUACGCCUGCACACUCGGCAGACUUUGGCCAUCUAUGAUCGGUUUGGCCGGUUGAUGUAUGGACAAGAAGAUGUGCCCAAGGAUGUCCUGGAGUAUGUGGUGUUUGAAAAACACUUGGUGAACCCAUAUGGGAGCUGGAGAAUGCAUGCCAAGAUUGUGCCCACAUGGGUACCCCCUAAGCAGCCCAUCCUCAAGACGCUGAUGAUUCCUGGUCCUCAGCUGAAACCAUGGGAGGAGUACGAAGAGACAAAAGGCGAAGCCCAUAAGCCUCAGCUUGCCUAACGACAUAAGUGACUCCCAAGGAGCCUGGCGGUGGUGAUGCACACACCUUUAAUACCAGCACUCGGGAGGCAAAGGCA